GCGACCGCCGGAAGUAUCUUCUGCCGGUCCAGCUCAGCGCUUUUACCGGGACUAGCGGAGAGGCUUCACGCUUUGCACCGCCUCCCUCAGAGCCGCGAUGGACGAGCCCGGCGAGUCGUCCCCGGAGAAGGCCGGAGAUGGCUCCGCGUCAGAUGAGGUGCCUGUCGUUGCCGCUGUCGAUGCCGCCACCCCCGAGCCGGUCCCGGGAGCCGCCCAGCUGCCUGACGUGGCCCCGGAGGACACGGACGGCGAGGAGAACGGGGACUCCAAGGAGGCUUCGGCCGAAGACACCGAGCUCAAGGGCCAUGAAGCAUCAGAUUUCCCUGUACCUGGAAGGGAGGACUCCUCCUUACUUCCUCCCGCAGCCAAAAAGAUGAAGAUAGAGACGAAAGAGAGGAAGGAGAAAGAGCACAAAGUGGAUGAAGAUGAGAUCCAGAAGAUGCAGAUCCUGGUGUCCUCCUUCUCCGAAGAACAGCUGAACCGUUACGAAAUGUACCGUCGAUCGGCCUUCCCCAAGGCCGCCAUUAAGCGGCUGAUCCAGUCCAUCACUGGCACCUCGGUGUCCCAGAACGUCGUCAUUGCCAUGUCGGGCAUCUCCAAGGUAUUCGUCGGGGAGGUGGUGGAAGAAGCGCUGGAUGUGUGUGAGAAGUGGGGAGAGCUGCCGCCGCUGCAGCCCAAGCACAUGCGGGAGGCCGUGCGAAGGCUUAAAUCCAGGGGGCAGAUCCCGAACUCCAAGCACAAAAAAAUCAUCUUUCAUUAGGCCCCCGGAACCCCCCUCCCCUCCCCAAGCUGGGCCACCGAAUGCGGGAACCAUGACUCCCACGGUUCUGCCCGCAGGUCCUCGGGGGACCGUGAGGGAACGUCAGCUCCUCCAGGCCUGGAGGUCAAAGUGACCACUUUCAGAUUUGCCUUCCCUCAGUGGAGACCUUUUAGUUCGGGUUAUGAUUGAUGAUUAACCCUUUUUGUGCUAACUGAAAAGGGGACUUGUCUUUAUUUAUAGACUCCUUGUACUGAUCGUCUGAGAGAACUGUUUUUCAAAUGGGUAAAACUCUUCUAAGGAGCGAUCUUCUUAAUUAAUCAAGUGUAUCUUAUUUUGCAAGUUUCACAUUGGGACCCUUAAACUGCAAUAUCAUCAGGGCCUCCGGUCUGGUUUGAAUUUGAUUACAGGCCAGAAAUUUGUAACUUGUAAAAUGUGAAGGUUUAGUUCACAAUGUUAACAAAUGAUGGAGUGAUAGAAUAGUUUUAUUCCCCUGUAAAAAGCUAGAUAUUAUCAUGUGGUUUUUGGUGUGUGAUCAUUAAACUAUUUUCUAACUUGGCAAAUAAAUAAAUCAUUGUCUUCUCCCAGAGUCCAUCUCAGGUGCUACCUAUUCCAGGAAGCUUUAUCUAAUCCUUCAGCUGAAAUGGACUUCUCCUUUGUAUCUCUUGUGCCACUUUGUUUACACUCUUCCUCUUCCUUUAUCUACCUUGUGUCAUAAAUUAUGUAUUUUUUAAAAAAUCAACCCUAUUAGUCCAUAAGAUCCUUGAGGGGAUGGACUUACUGUUUUCCCUCUCUGUGCCCCCAAUUCCUAGCAUGGUGCCUUAUAAAUGGUAGACAAUUGUUUGUUGUUGAUGUCAUUAGGAGGAACAGGGACUAGGGUUCCUCUCAGUUUGUUCAAUUCAGCAAGUAUUUAUUAUGUAAUCCUGUGCUAAACACUAUAAAUAAAAGAAAAAUAUAGCUCCUUGUU